AUAGAUAACUCUUCUAUCACCGAACGCAAUAGUAAUAUAUACUCACACUCUGUCAUGACGCCACCUCAAUGUUCAACCAAUGACGAUGGCGGCGGCUUUCGCCUCCGCAUUCCGCUGCUGGAUGACGACAGCUACCAUGAUGAUUCCGGGAACAGGGUACUUUCACAGAAAACGAUCGAUAAGUUUCGCAGCGAUGGCUUUGCGGUUUUUCCUAACGUUCUAUCCCCGGACGCCGUUGACGCCCUGAACGAUCGCUUGGAAGACGUCCUGCGGGGGGUCUACGACCGGGGGCAAAAACCCGACAAGACUCCGCGCCUUCUUAAAAGUCAUAAGCCACAGUCACUGCCUCGUGACGAAUCCACGUAUCCAUCGAACGUCGAAACCGAAAACCCAGAAAUAGCGGCAGCAGCAGAAAUAGAACCGAAAGGCAGUGGCAAGAAGAAAAAACACAGAAAAAAGAAGGGAUCCCCUUCCGUCGGGCCCAUCGGGUUCAGCGGAAACCUUGAAAACGUUAAGGUGCUACAAAUCAUCAACAUCCACAAGGCGGAUUCCCUUUUUCGGAGGCUCGAAACCAGCGCCAGCCUGGCGAAAAUCGUUGCCGAGCUUGCCGGAUGGGAGGAAGGUGCCCGUCUCGCCCAGGACCAGGUCUGGGCCAAGCCGCCGGGGGCACCCCCGCUGGUCUUCCAUCGAGACUCGCCCUAUUUCAUGUUCGAUCCCCCGGACGUCGUCACCGUCUGGCUGGCCCUGGACGACAUGGACGGAGCCCUGGGCCCGCUGGAAUACGUGAAGGGGAGCCACCUGUGGGGGGACGGCCGCGUUGGAUCGGCCAAGCAGUUCUUCCAGGCCGACACCAGGAGCCUCCUUCGCUCGGCUGCGGAACGAGAGGGAAUUCCCGAGGCAGACCUGGAAUUCGUCAGCAUGGAGGGACUGGAGCGUGGCGGCCUCUCGGUCCACCACGGGAGGAUCUGGCACGGGUCGGCCGGGAAUUCCAGCACCUCGUUGCCACGGCGGGGCCUCGGCCUCCACUUUGUCCCCUCCACCGUGAGAUUUACGGCGGAUACAGCGAAGAGCAAGCUGUGGAAAUCUUACGUGGAGGACUUGGAGGGCGAUCCAUCGGAAGUGGAGCUGCCCGAGGAAGAUUUUCCGUUGUCGACAGCUCUUUAGAUUGGAAUUUUGAGAGAAGAGUAGUAUGGUAGAAAGCAAGCACAGUAGACAGUGGGAUUGGAAACUCAAUGUGGUAGAAGGUAUUAUUAAUUGUAGAACAAUGAGGGAAUCUACAAUUUGCACAG